AACAAGCUUACUAUUUAGAACACCUUGUGCUUGUGCCGCUAAAAACUUUCAACUUUUGCAGUUAUUUCUCAUUUGCCUUCGUCAUUAUUUAUUAGUGGUUGGAGAUUGGCAGUCUAGUUGUGCUACUGGUGUUAACAAUUUAAGUGGAAUUGAAUUCUUAGUGCCCUCACACGGAUUACUGCGAAUUUUUCAACAUGGAAAAUAAAGCUGACUUUAAGUAUCCUCACACUUUCAUCUUGCUUGGUGCUUCGGGUGACCUAGCAAAGAAAAAGAUUUAUCCUACCAUUUGGUAUUUAUACCGUGACAACUUGUUACCAGAAAAUACAAGGUUUGUUGGUUACGCUCGAUCGAAACUCACUAUAGAACAAAUCAGGGAACAAAGUAAAAAAUACAUGAAAGUGCGGCCUGGCGAUGAGCAAAAGUUGGAACGAUUUUGGGAAUUAAAUGAAUAUGUUGCUGGAUCCUAUGACAAGCGAGUGGAUUAUGAACAUCUCAACCAACAUCUUACGAAGUUUGAGAAGGGCCCUGUGGCCAACAGAAUAUUUUAUCUUGCUGUGCCACCUACAGUGUUUGAUGAAACUACUGUAAAUAUUAGGAAUGCAUGUAUAUCCAUUAAGGGGUUUACCCGGAUAAUCAUUGAGAAACCUUUUGGCCGCGAUGAUGUAAGCUCUGAAAAGUUAAGUAACCAUUUGGCUGGACUAUUCAAGGAAGAACAGAUUUACAGAAUUGAUCAUUAUCUCGGCAAAGAAAUGGUCCAAAAUCUAAUGACAAUAAGAUUUGCCAACAAAAUCUUCAGUCCCUCCUGGAACCAUGAUAACAUUGCAUCAGUGCUUAUCUCUUUCAAAGAACCAUUUGGUACAGAAGGAAGAGGAGGCUAUUUUGACAGCUUUGGCAUAGUAAGAGAUGUAAUGCAAAAUCAUCUUCUACAGAUUCUGUCUUUGGUGGCUAUGGAAAAGCCAGUAACUUUGAAUCCUGAUGAUAUUAGAAAUGAAAAAGUGAAGGUUCUAAGACAUAUCGAACCAAUUGAACUCAAGGACUUGUUGGUGGGCCAGUAUGUGGGCAAUCCUGAAGGACAAGGUGAAGAAAAAUUGGGUUACCUUGAUGACCCCACUGUCCCAAAAGAUUCUGUAACACCAACUUAUGCUCUUGCUGGUCUUUUUAUUAAUAAUGAAAGGUGGCAGGGUGUUCCAUUCAUACUCCGUUGUGGUAAAGCUCUAAAUGAGAGAAAGGCUGAAGUAAGGAUUCAGUAUAAAGAUGUCCCUGGAGAUAUAUUUGAUGGCCAUGCUAAAAGGAAUGAACUGGUUAUUAGGGUCCAGCCAGGUGAGGCUUUGUACCUGAAACUGAUGAGCAAGAAACCUGGCAUGAAGUUUGAUGUGGUUGAAACUGAGCUGGAUUUAACUUACAGCAUGCGUUACAGGGACACUGAUGUCCCAGAUGCAUAUGAAAGAUUAAUACUUGACGUUUUUACUGGAAGCCAGAUGCAUUUUGUACGCAAUGAUGAGUUGAAGGAGGCAUGGCGUAUUUUUACUCCAGUCCUUAAAAAACUGGAAGAUGAACAUAUUAAACCUAUUCCUUAUAAAUUUGGCUCUCGUGGGCCACAACAGGCAGAUGCUAAAUUGUCUGCAUAUGACUUCAAAUACUCAGGCUCAUAUAAAUGGAAGAAGCCCACUGUCUGUUGAAAUUGCUCAAUUUUUAUCAAAACUUUUGAUUGGGUGAUGGGAAUUUUAUUUAAUGGUGAUAUUUUUAUUGGUAUUUGUACUAGUUUUUGACAUAAUUUUACAUCACUAAAAUAAUUUAAUACUUAAGUACUUAUAUAAAACAUUACAUUCCAACUUUCUUAUUCUGUAUACAUACUUAGUGUAGAGGUCAUUUUAAAGUCAGACAGUGCAACAGUGGUAUAAAAUCCAUGCAUAUUCAGGAAUUUUAUUUACAUGUUAUUUAGUGUUGUUGUAGUCUAAUUUUGAAAGUCAAGUGCCUUAAAAACAAUAUGCUCUUAUCAAUGAAAUGAUUUUGAACUGUUAUAACAACAGCUAAAGGUAGGUUUAAGUAUCUAAAUCACGUGAAAAGUGAACCAAUUAUAAGUGCAAAAAAAUGUUCAGUGUCAUUGAUUACUGUAGAGGUCACACAGCUUCACCUUGAAUUAUCUACAUUUAUUGUAAUCUUUGUUUUGUUGCAAGGCAUUUCCUAUUUCACUACAUUGUUCUAUAACUUAUAGGAUUUUAAGAAAAUAUUUUUUUGACUCUACUCAGCCUAUUUUCAGAAUGAGCCUAGCUAGACAUAGAUGUGACGUUGUG